AGGAAGGUAAAGGUGUGUUUUUCUGCAGGUGUUCUUCAAAGAGAUCUUCCUCUACAUCCUGGAGACGUCAACCAGCUCCUACGACCACAAGUGGAUGGUGAUCCAGACCCUCACCAGAAUAUGUGCAGAUGCUCAGAGUGUGGUGGACAUCUACGUGAACUACGACUGUGAUCUGAACGCUGCAAAUAUCUUCGAGCGUUUAGUGAACGAUUUGUCCAAAAUCGCUCAGGGUCGCGGAGGACAUGAACUCGGAACAACUCCCUUUCAAGAGCUGACUCUGAGGAAGAAAGGUCUGGAGUGUCUGGUCUCCAUCCUGAAGUGCAUGGUGGAGUGGAGCAAGGAUCAAUACGUCAACCCCAACUCUCAGACCAGCCUCGGCCAGGAGAAGCCGGUGGAGCAGGAUCAAUCGGAGCCUAAAGCCCCGGAGACGAUCAAUAGGUACGGCAGCAUCAACUCUCUGGACUCCACGGCCUCCUCGGGGAUCGGCAGCUACAGCACGCAGAUGUCCGGCACCGACAACCCCGAACAGUUCGAGGUCCUGAAGCAGCAGAAAGAGAUCAUCGAGCAAGGCAUCGACCUGUUCAACAAGAAACCAAAGAGAGGCAUCCAGUACCUGCAGGAGCAAGGCAUGCUGGGAACUACACCUGAAGACCUGGCUCAGUUCCUGCACCAGGAGGAGAGGCUGGACUCGACCCAGGUGGGGGAGUUUCUGGGAGACAACGAGCGCUUCAACAAGGAGGUGAUGUACGCCUACGUGGAUCAGAUGGACUUCCAGGGGAAAGACUUCGUCUCGGCGCUCCGGACGUUCCUCGAGGGUUUCCGUCUGCCAGGAGAAGCUCAGAAGAUCGACCGGCUCAUGGAGAAGUUUGCCGCUCGAUAUCUGGACUGCAACCAGGGACAAACCCUCUUUGCCAGCGCGGACACGGCGUACGUUCUCGCCUACUCCAUCAUCAUGCUGACCACAGACCUGCACAGCCCUCAGGUGAAGAACAAGAUGACCAAGGAGCAGUACAUCAAAAUGAACCGCGGCAUCAACGACAGCAAAGACCUGCCGGAAGAAUAUCUGUCGGCCAUUUACGACGAGAUCGCCGGGAAAAAGAUCGCCAUGAAGGAAACGAAGGAACUCACCCUGAAGUCCAACAAGCAGAGUGUUGCCAGUGAGAAGCAGAGGCGUCUUCUUUAUAACGUGGAGAUGGAGCAGAUGGCGAAGACAGCCAAAGCUCUGAUGGAGGCAGUGAGCCACGUUCAGGCUCCGUUCACUAGUGCUACUCACCUGGAGCACGUGAGACCCAUGUUCAAGCUGGCGUGGACCCCCUUCCUGGCUGCGUUCAGCGUG